GAGAGCAACUCCAGCCAGGAGAGCAAGUCCCACCAGGAGAACAAUUCCAGCCAGGAGAACAAUUCCUACCAGGAGAACAUCUCCAGCCAGGAGAGCAAUUCCCACCAGGAGACCAACUCUAGCCAGGAGAGCAGUUUCCACCAGGAGAACAAUUCCAGCCAGGAGAGCAACUCCCACCAGGAGAGCAACUCCAGCCAGGAGAGCAGUUCCCAGCAGGACAUCGAUCCCAGCCAGGAGAACAACUCCAGCCAGGAGAACAGUUCCCACCAGGAGAUCAAUCCCAACCAGGACAUCAGUUCCCACCAGGAGAUCAAUCCCAACCAGGACAUCAAUUCCCACCAGGAGAUCAAUCCCACCCAGGAGAGCAAUUCUCACCAGGAUAUCAAUUCCCACCUGGAGCCCAAUCCCCCCCAGGAACUGAAUCCCCCCCAGGGGCUCCAUUCCCAUUCGGAAUUCCCAGGCCCUGGCUGUGGGAAGGAGCUGCAGCUGCUGUGCUGCGACAUCGACGCUUCCCUGAUCGCCAGAGCUCGCCAGUCCAGCCCCUUCCCAACUUCCAUCUCCUUUGCCACCCUGGAUAUCAUGGACCCACACUCCAGGGAUUCCUUCCUGACCUCCUACCUGGAGCGUUUCGGCCGCUCCCGUUUCGAUCUGGGAUUCUGCAUGUCCCUGACCAUGUGGAUUCACCUCAACCACGGAGACCGAGGCCUGGUGGAAUUCCUGGAAUUCCUGGCUUCCCUCUGCACUUUCCUGCUGGUGGAGCCUCAGCCUUGGAAGUGCUACAGGGCUGCGGCCAGGAGACUCCGGAGGUUGGGAAGGAAAGACUUUGAGCACUUCCGAUCCCUUGGGAUCCAGGGGGACAUGGGGGAAAGGAUCAGCAGGAUCCUGACGGAGCAGUGUGCCAUGGACCUCGUGUGUUCCUUUGGGAAUACCAGCUGGGAUAGGAGGCUCCUGCUCUUCAAAAACCCUCAGGACAGUGUUGGUGUCCCUCAGGACAGUAUUGCUGUCCCUCAGGACACUGUUGCUGUCCCUCAGGACACAGUUGCUGUCCCUCAGGACCCUCAGGACCCAGUUGCUGUCCCUCAGCCCCCCAGUUGA